CAAUCAUAUUAAAGGGUGUAGGAGAAUCCACAGAAGAAACUGUUUUUAGGAAAAUCCAUCUGUGGCAGCGGAGGCGAAUCAUGUGAAAGCCAGACGAGCACUGGAAAAAUACUUGCAUUAUUAUGAGAGGUUUGAAAAUCACAACAAGUCAUUGAAGUUGGAGCAGCAGUUUCGUGACAAAAUCCAAAGAAAAAUUGAGGCAAAGGUCAACGAUCAUGAUGGUACUUGGAUUGAUUGGCAAUACCUUCACAAUGCAGCCACCCUACUUACAAAAUGUCGCUACACCUUGCAGUAUACGUAUCCGUUUGCCUAUUUCAUGGAGAGUGGAGCAAGGAAGCAGUUGGUAAGGUUUUUGCAUCAGCAACCGGCUUCCUACAUAUUAAAAACUCAGUAA